AUCAUCACUUCUCGAUCACUUUAAACAUUUCAACAUUCAAUCGAAAUUUUCUUCAUCUGACUUAGAUAAUCUUCAUAUUUCUCUGCAAUCCACUCAGAGAACAAUCUAAAUUACCUCUUGUGCUAGCCAAGUAGUUUUGUGAUGUAAUCUGUGGUGAAUUUGCGAAAUACAACAUGGGCAUUGUGUAAUAUUUGCUUAUUUUUGUGGUAUGUGGUGAUUGCAUGGUAAUUCUGCUCAGCGACCGCCCCCGUUUCACAAUCAUGUUCGCUAAGGAGCGGGGAUACAAUAUCUCACUCUGUGUUGUAUAAUGUUCAAAGUAAAUGCACUGGUGCCAAAGACAGUGCAUAGUGCUUAUAUUAUAACGACAUCGCGUUACGCCGUUGUUGGUACAUGUUGGCAAUGCAGCGGACUAGAUCGACGAUGGGAUCGACGAGUGUCACGCUAACUGAAUCGUUAUCCUGGAUUUAGUUGAAAUUGAGAGAGUAUAUGACACAUGAUUAUAAGUGCGUUCGACAGUCAGGUUUAUCAUUUAUUGAAGAAUUAGGAACUCUGGAGAUCCUGUGAUAAAGAAUCAUGAAUCAUCAUAGACAAGAACAAAGUAAUCAUGGCAGACCACUUCAAUCUCCGCUGAGAAGGAUAGUCAAAGACUCUUUUCCUGCUGAUGAAAGAGAGAUGGAUGUGAAAAUUCUGGGCCUUCACCAACAACUGGAAGAGGAGAUUAAAAUUGCAUGUCUGGACAAGAGUAUUAGAGUUGUUUUUAUAGCAAAAUUUCACCCUUUGUGUUCGCAAAUCAUCUUAUUGAAGUGGGUUGAAACGAGCUGGCCAUUUGUUUAUUCCUGCUUGGAUUUCCCUGAUAUCUUGAGACUCAAUGAAGAGGCAUGCAGAGAAACGACCCAAAUGGUUGCGCUAAGAGAUGCUAUUGGCCUGCUAUUCAGAUAUGGUGUGAACCUUUUGAAACCAGAUGUAUCUACAAGUACAGCCUGGAGAGUCAUCAGUUUUGACAAUUCAAUGUACAGCUCUAAAGUUAGCAUACUGAAGGGUCACAAACAAAUACUCUAUCUGUACGGUUAUGCCAAAGAAUUGAGUUACGGAUUGAGCUUCCCAGAUGCCUUACGUACUCCAAACACUGAUACUGUGGCCAAGGUCGCUGCAGACUUGGCUAUUGCUUACUAUGAAUUUGACAUGUACAUCUCUCGCUCACAUCCACACCCUAAGAGGAUUGUGACAAUGAUUCAGAGUGCAACGAAUAGGACACAAACUUUUAAGAACCCAGAUAAACAUACUGUCCAUGCCUCUCCAAGUUAUAGAAGUCACAGCUCAGAAAGUUCACUUUCAGAGGAGAAGGAGAAGGAGUCCAUGUUACAUAAUGUUAGAAAUGAAGAUAAUCCCCUUCUUAAAAGUAGUUAUCAGAUACACGAGCCAGAGGGGUUCCCAAAGGUUUUUACUGCACAUAUGGGACAGGAGAAGCAGUCGAAUAUUGAACAGAAACAGGCUGGACAAAUCAACAUGCAGUCAUCAUCACAAUUACCGCCAUUAUAUAACCAAGUGCAAGUCAAGUUGACAAAAUGCGGGAUCUGCAAGCAGAACACAGCAAAUGUGAGAUGCAACAUGUGCUCCCAGCCCCGCUGUAAACGCUGUGAUGAGCUCUGGCACAAGCAUCCUCAGCGGCAAGGCCACACACGUCACCACAUCGAGGAACUUGAGGCUCCAAGAGCGCUGCAGCUUGAUGCAAACAUCAGUCAAAGGCAUCCUGGUGCACUUGCGUUUCCACCAGUCAUAGAUAAGGCAACCAUCAGGGAGACUCGUCUGCCAGGAGGUAAUUCUGCAAGGAUGGAUGAAUUGUCUACCAUUCCGGAGGCAUCUUCGUCCAAGGAAAUGACUGUUUUAGCUGGAACCAAUGGUCCACCAGACUCGCCUCCACUCCAGCAGGGCCUUGAGCUCAUGGCGGAAACCCCUUCUGUGAAUUGUGACUUCUGCAGUACAAAGCCCGGCAAGAAGUUUUGCGCAUCAUGUGAGGAGACAUACUGUGUAGAAUGCGAUGAUAAGCGGCACAGCAAUCAACGAAGAAAGAGCCACAAAAGACAGGAUGUGACACAGACUCCUCAACCAGGAAGUUCAAGCGACAUUCAGACCAUGUUGCCAGACCAAGACCCUUUUCAGCUGCCCAAAAAUGUGGAACUUGAUUCAUUAAUCUCAAACUACUACUCGGUCCCUGGGGAACCUGCUGAACCUGGUGAUGCAUCAUACUUCACCAGUGAGGAAGAUCUUGAUGUCAGAGCACCUCCGACUGAUAGUUAUCGUCAACCAAUGCUGGGUGCAGGCGUACAAACCAAGCUAGGACACAAAUCACCCAACUCUGAGGAAUCACCCUAUGUAGCUCCACAGGACAUCACUGUGGGUGGAACAAGCAAAGAAGCUGAUUUCCAGACUGAACUUGGCAUCAUCACCGCUGAAGACAUUGCUACCUUAGAGAAGUUAUUUAGUGUACGAGGUCUGAGAGAAAAUGAAAUGGAUCCAAUUAAGAGAGCAGAGCUGAUGCGAGAAGAACAGAAACUCACAACGAUGCAUGAAGAAUUGGAGAGGAAGUUGAUAGUACUUCAAGGUCAGUCAUCAGGUACUCAACGGGCUAGUCCACAGAAGGUUCCAACGGGUGCUGCAAUUGCUGCAGGAGCUGCAAUGACCAUACCCCAAGGCAAGGUGAUUCCUUCUGUGACUUCAGCAGGAAACAUGGCUUCAUCCACCAGUCCCCGAGAGAUCAGGCAGCAGAUCCCUGAUCCUGCCAAGGCACCUAAACAGAAAUCCAGAGACAUUCUCCAGGAUGACCAAGAAGGAUGGACCUGUCAACACUGCACGUUCCUCAACACCAACAUGGAAUCAAACGUCUGCUCAAUGUGCGACAAGACGUCCUUCCUAAAGGCCAAGAUCCAGCCAACAGUGAGAUCGAAGAAAACAAAACCUGAACAGUCAAAUUCUAAGGUGGAGAUCCAACCUCUCACUAAAGUAGAAAGGAGGAAGAAGAAUGCAGAGUAUUAUCAGCAGCUAGAGGCAGAGAUGCUGGCUGAGAAACAGCAUGCCAAAGAGGAAUAUUCCAGAAAUCCUGGAAGCCUCCAGGCUGACCCUACUGGUCAGGAACCGAAGAAAGCUGUAGUGAAGUCCAGACCACUCUCUGAUACUGAUCUCUUGGAACUUUCUCAAGCAAUUUCGAGUACCGGUAGCUUCACCAAGCUUGGAUUUGAACUUGGAUUUUCUCAUCAUGAGCUGAAUCGACUAAAAGUGAGGGAUCCAACAGGAACCAUCGGGGCAAGCACCUAUGAAAUGCUGAAGAUGUGGCAAGGUGAUGUCAGAGGACACGAGCAGAGACCAAAGCUGAAGCAGGCCUUGGUGAAUGCAGAUCUACGUGCUUAUGUUGAUUUUUUUGAUGAAAACAGGUUUACCAAAGGACCAGAUGAACCCAGGGUGUCUUCACCGAGAACAAAGGCAGUACGUGACGGUAUGACUCCACCUAGCAUUAUGUCCACACCCAGUGGUAUGACAACAUCUGGUGAGGUCUCAGAUGAAGACCUUUUGCUACUCUCAAGGGAGAUCCCAGUCGACAAGAUACAUGACCUUGGGUUCGAACUUCGAUUCCCAUAUUCAAAAGUACAACACCUCUUGCACAUGCACAGGAUGGAUGCACAGGAUGCCAUAUUGAACAUGCUGCAGGAGUGGAAAAGUCGGACAACACGUGCUGAUCAACGCAGAGAGUUGAACAACAUACUGAAAGAUUCCAGUUUAGGGGGACUGACUUUAACUGAGGCUGUGUCAAAACCAAACAUCGAAGCCAGGGAACCCAGAGGCAUCACUGAUAUGGAGUUAUACGAGUUGGCAGACUCUCUCAAUGCUUCCAACAUCACACACCUUGGGUUGUAUCUAGGGUUUGGUAUGGCAGCGAUAACCCGCUACCAGCAUGAAGCUGCCCUGGGGUCACCCAGGGAAGGAACCACAAGGUUGCUUAUGGACUGGAGAAACCAUAAACCUGAGAUCGACCAGAGAGAGUUUCUUGCAAAUGUUUUGUAUCAGAUCGGGUGUGAGCGCCUUGGAGAGAAGAUCAAGAAGUAUUCAGGCUUUACACGGCAUCAUGAUACCUUUGAGGAGAGUCUGCUGCAGCAGCAGCUGUCCCAUGCCACAAGCUUUGGGGACCUCUCGUACUUGAAGGGCGAGGAAAAGACGAAAUAUGAAGAGAUGCGCACGGCAUCGUUAAACCUCAUCGCCGAGCUAAGGGAGGCUGAAUCACAAGGCAUACCCCCGGGACGUAUACAGUGCGCCCUCUACAUCAUGGAGGAGACAGGGGAUGACCUCACUGACCCUAUAGCAUGGAUCGCUGACAACUGGUCAGAUGUUGUUCAGGAUCUUGCGACUAAGGCCACCCAGGAGCUCAGGGAAAAUCUUGAAGUUGAUGUAGACACCAAAAUAAUGGAACUUGUCCAGUUGAGUGUGGAAUCAGCAGAGAAGUGCCUUGAGGAAUGCUCCGGAAACACGCAGGAAGCCAUCAAGGAGUGCACUCAGAGGAUACAAGAAAAGAUCUUAGAAAUCCAAGAGGUCGGUAGCUACUCCGUGGAUGACAUUGUUGCCAUUUUGAAGCAGGAUGAUGUGAGGGGGGAUCCUGAGAAGGCUCUAGACGCCCUCCAGGUGAAGGCUAUGGCUGAGUAUGUGGACAGGGUCUGGACACCAACACAUGAUGAUGACAAUGAGUACUUCCAAGAGGCCAUCAAAAAUGAUGAUCGCUCUAUCAGGAUGUUAAUGGUUGAGUAUAACAUGCGCAGCUGGGGCCGUGCACAGACAGCCGCCAAGCUAAUCAUACGCAAGGAGUUUCUAGUGGACGAUGUUGUGACAGCUGCGGAGGAAUGCGGAGAUCUGCGACGUUCCGAAGUCUUCUUGAAGCAAAUGUGCUCAGUCUGUUAUAUAGAUCUACCAAGAAACAAGCUGAUGUCAUUGAUCAAUUGCCAGUGCAUGAUGUGUCGUGAUUGCGUCAUCGAGCAUUUCGAGAUCAUUGCCAAGGACAAAAGCAUCAUGAAAGGCAAAUGUCCGCAUUGUGAUCAGCCUGACCUGGAUGAUCCUGCCGUGGCAGCAGACUAUUUUGCAUUCCUGGAUAUCCUUCUGCGUGACAUGCUGAGCCCUGAUGUGUAUGAGCUGUUUCAGAGGAAGCUCCGGGAUUGGAACUUGAUGCAGGAUAAGAAUUUCUGCUGGUGUGCACAUUGCAAUUCUGGCUUCAUCAACGGAGCACCAGACAGGCGCAAGAUGCGAUGUCCCGAGUGCAACAAACUGACCUGCUUCCAUUGUAAGAAGCAAUGGAUGGACCAACAUGAGGGUAUCAGCUGUGAGGCGUUCCAGCAGUGGAAAGAGAACAACGACCCUGAUCUACAAGCCCAGGGUCUGGCUGCCCAUCUCAAUGAAAACGGCAUUGAAUGCCCUCGCUGUAAGAUGAGGUUUGAGUUGGCCAAAGGUGGAUGUAUGCAUUUCAAAUGUCCUCAGUGUACCUUCGAAUUCUGCUGCGGAUGCAGUCAACCAAUGAAAAGAGGAGAUGCUUGUCACAAGUUUGGUUCCUGCCUUCGUAAGGGUCUCCAUGCCCACCAUCCCAGGGACUGUCUCUUUUAUCUCAGGGAUGAGGACGUCAACUUCCUCCAAAAACUUCUUGAUGAUGCAGGCGUGGAGUACAACAAGGAGCCUCCAGAAGGAGCCGAGGAGAACGAGGAGGGGGUAUGUGGGGUCAAGGAGCAGAAGGAGGGGCCCCUUGGCUUGGAGGAUGAUAAGUGCGGCAGGAAAGUGACCCAUGGAAAUGCCGGACUCUGCAGGCUACACUACAUUGAGUACCUAGUGGGUUUGAUCAACGUUAAGAACAUUGACCCAGCUAAGAGUUUCCCCAUCACACAGCUGGAUGCUAUAUUGAAGCGUGAAGAGAUCGCGGUUCCAGACAGACGGCCAGGUGAAGCGGAUCCCGAUUACAGGAGGCGCCUCCUUCAGAAUGUGCAAACUCAACUUCCUCUUAAAAAGGCUUCAAAAGACAAAGUGAGGUGAAAGGAAAGUGCAACUAAAUUCUGCAGUGAAGAAAAAUAGAUGCAAUAAAGGAGAAGAGAAGGCUGCAUGCAUAAUUGGUAGGAAAAAAGGGGAACUUGCUUCCAAAAUAGAAGUUAAAAGGGGAGAAGAGAAGAUAGAAGGAGGAAAAGAAAUAAUGCAUCCAGAGAUAAAGCUAGAGGGAGGAAAAAAGAUCCAUGGAAGGAAUGCUGGAAGAUUGCUGGAGGUUUGGAGAGUUCAGCAAUGCCGAGGAGAGGAGGAAACGCUCAUGGAUGGGUGGAGGAAGCUAGUAGAGGAUGGUGGAGAUGAGGAAGAUUCAGACUGGAAGAAAUGAAGGAGAUUCAGACUGGAAGAAAAGAAGGAGAUUCAGACUGAAAGAAAAGAAGGAGAUUCAGACUGGAAGAAAAGAAGGAGAUUCGGACUGGAAGAAAAGAAGGAGAUUCGGACUGGAAGAAAUGAAGGAGAUUCGGACUGGAAGAAAUGAAGGAGAUUCGAACUGGAAGAAAUGAAGGAGAUUCGGACUGGAAGAAAAGAAGGAGAUUCAGACUGGAAGAAAUGAAGGAGAUUUGGACUGCCAAGGAAGAAAUGAAGGAGAUUCGGACUGGAAGAAAAGAAGGAGAUUCGGACUGGAAGAAAAGAAGGAGAUUCGGACUGGAAGAAAAGAAGAAGAUUUGGACUGGAAGAAAUGAAGGAGAUUCGGACUGGAAGAAAUGAAGGAGAUUCGGACUGGAAGAAAAGAAGGAGAUUCGUGGGAAGAGGAUGGAAUGUUCUAGAUGUUGUGGAGGUGAGGAUGAUAGGGAGGGUACCAGGGAUAAGGAGAAGAAGGGGAUUAUCAGAGGAUGCACCGUGAUGGGAUCUUCACUAGAAAGGCACUGAAUGUACCAGAUGUGAUGGAGCCUGAGAGCACAAGGAGGAGUGUUGCGAGGGGCUGGAGGAGAGGAACCAGAAGACGCAGGAUAAUGAGGAAAGUAAGGAGAAUGAUGUUGAGGGGAUGAGCUAGAGAAGGAGUGCUAUGAGGGGCUGGAGGAGAGGGUGGAGGAUAACAAGGUUCUGGGAUGGAUCUGGAGAAAGAUGAAGUGGGA